CCGAUGAUGCAGCCGCCGCGCCUGGCCCGCCCCAAGGCGGGCGGCGACGCGGACGCGGGCGCGAGGCGCGCCUCGUCGAGGCGCGCCGCCGCCCCCGCCGCCGGAGCCGCCGCCACCCCGUCCGCAAGCAGGUCGACGCGUGCGCGCACGGCCGCGACUCCGGGCGGCGCGUGCGCCACCCCGUCGGUGGGGGCGGGCUGCUCGACGUCGCGCAGCUCGACGGCGGGCAUGAUGACGCCGCGGAUGCACGAGACCCCCCGCUUCGUCCGCAACGGUGAGGUGAUGCUCUCUGCCAACGGCUCGCCGAUCAACCUGCUCAACACCGUCAAAGCAAAGGCGGGCAAGCGAGGUCGAUCCGCCGCCGUCGUGCUCGAGCUCGCCGACGGCUCCGAGCUCGACCUGGCCGAGGCGACGACGCGCAAGGACCUGUCGCUCAACGCCGAGGCGCGCGAGGAGGCGGUGGGGCAGCUGCUCGAGCUGCAGGCGCAGAUCGAGGCGCACCUCAAGGCGAUGAAGUACGGGUGCCCCCUCGACGACUCCAAGGACGAGUGAGCGGCCGACGGGGCGCGCGCCUCGCUGCGAGCGGGGAGGGGCCGGGGAGAUGUCUCCUGGCGCCGAUGCCGGCAUAUCGCGACGAGAGGGAGGCUUGGACCAAGUGAUUGCGGGGAGCGUAAUGUGAUGUGGACUGCUGCCCGCGCGCCACGCUCAGUGGACCCGACACGGGGCGCCGGCCACUGUCUUUAACUUUACGUUUUGUCCCGGCGGGGGGGGCGGGCUGCGUCGGCUGCGAGACCCCUCGAGUGACCUGCGUGGAGCGACGAGCAUGCACCGCCGGACACCCCCCCUCUCUUGAGUAAAGAGGUGGCGUUCGUGGUCGCGUGGACAUGUAUCAAAAUUGUGCAGCUAUAG